GAGAGUGUCCAGAGCACCAUCGCCACGUCGACAUCAAAACCCACGCCACCCACCCAUCCCCUUCUCUCUCCCCGCCCCACCCAUCUCCACUCUUCCCCUUCCCGAACCUUCUAGAACCCCCCGUGCAGAACCCUACCCAUCCAUGGCGGCCUCCCUCCUCUCCCGCGCCGCCGCCGGGGCGCUGCGCGGCGCGGCACGGCCGAACCACCUCCUCACUCGGGCCUCUCUCCUCCCCAAGGAAACCCUCCUUCCUCCCCUACUACUACUACUACUCCUCUUCGCCACCGCCACGCCCCUCGCGGGUCGGGUCGGGUGGGCGGUCCGCGCGGCGGAGGGCGCCGGUGGGUCCCGGUGCGGGCCGUCGCCGCUGGCGGGAGCGGUCGGGAUCGCGGCGCGGUGCAACGCCACGUCGUCGUCGUCGUCGUCGUCCGCGGUGUCCGAGGCCGCCGGCGUCCACACGCUGCCCCGGACGGAGCCCGUGGUGUCGGCCGAGUGGCUGCACGCCAACCUCAAGGACCCCGACGUCAAGGUACUUGAUGCCUCUUGGUACAUGCCUGCAGAACAAAGGAAUCCAUUACAGGAGUACCAGGUGGCCCAUAUUCCUGGUGCUUUGUUCUUUGAUGUUGAUGGAAUAUCUGACAGAACAUCUAGUUUACCACACAUGCUGCCAUCUGAAAAGGCAUUUUCAGCUGCUGUAUCUGCUCUUGGAAUCUACAACAAUGAUGGGAUAGUAGUUUAUGAUGGAAAGGGGCUGUUCAGUGCUGCUCGUGUUUGGUGGAUGUUCCGUGUAUUUGGACAUGAUAAAAUUUGGGUGUUAGAUGGAGGUUUGCCACAAUGGCGUGCUUCUGGAUACGAUGUUGAAUCAAGUGCCUCCAGUGAUGCCAUCCUAAAGGCUAGUGCGGCUGGUGAAGCAAUUGAGAAAGUGUACCUGGGUCAAUCGGUUGGUCGAACCACAUUUGAAGCAAAGCUGCAGCCUCAUCUUCUUUGGAGUCUUGAUCAGGUGAAAGAGAACAUCAAGACCCAGACACAUCAACUUAUAGAUGCUCGAUCAAAACCUAGAUUUGAUGGCGCAGUUCCCGAGCCACGAAAGGGCAUUAGAAGUGGGCAUGUGCCUGGGAGCAAAUGUGUUCCGUUUCCUCAGGUUCUUGACAGCUCACAAAAGCUAUUGCCUCCAGAUGAGCUCCGUAAACGGUUUGAGCAAGAAGGAAUAUCACUUGAUCAACCUCUUGUGACCUCUUGCGGCACUGGUGUGACAGCAUGUGUGUUAGCCUUGGGCCUUCAUCGUCUUGGCAAAACCGAGGUCGCAAUUUAUGACGGAUCAUGGACUGAAUGGGGCGCCCAUCCUGACACUCCAGUUGCAACUGCUGUUUAGUCUCUUCAUCGAGAACGUCUCAGGCUCUUCAUAGAGGACUCUUGAUUGUAUUUUUCCCUUGCUGUGAUCCUAUGGAGAGAGGCGGUGUGAAGUUGUGAACUGAGGAGGUUGGUUGGGUACCUGGGUGUAAGGUUGGGGGACGCGAAGCCAUUUGGUCUUCACUGUAAAUGCUGAAACAGAAGAAUUGUCACAUACACUGAAUUAUAAGACAGCUUCCCUUGGUCUCUUCUCUUGGUGGAAUAAUAAUAGUAAUAAUGGAGUUUAGAGGAAAAAAAACUGCCGUCAAUGGUAGUAUCUAGUAUAUGUGAGCUAACUGUACUUAUAUGAACACAGUGUACAUAUCUAGGGGGUGUUUAGUUCCCCUUUUUUUUCAAAACAAUUUGAGUUUUGAUUCA